CCGUCCGGCCCGCAAUCGCGCUCCAAGGGAGAAGAACUCGCCAUCGCCCCAAGCCCUUCCACCCCCGCGGCCCCCCACUUCCUUCUUGCGCCCCAUCCUGAGUGUGUCCGGGCCGGGUCACGAGGACGGGACGCGCUGUCCCAGCUUCUGGGUGCCUCCCCUGCUCGAGGCCGUCGCCACUGCGCCUGGCUCCAGAGCGCGCGAUGUCCCCGCGCUCCGGGGCACCCCCAGGCCGCGCCACCUGCUCUUUGGGGAAGAGGAGACGUGGAGGAGCCUCCCAACUUUGACCCCAGCAUGCAAGACUCCCCCUGUAGCCUCCCGGCUGGCCUCAGUCUGGACGAUUUCAUUCCCCGCCACCUUCGGACCCGUGCAGUGCCCUCUCGGGGGACUCGGGUGCCUGUGAUACGGAAUGGGGGCUCCAACACCCUUAAUUUCCAGUUCCAUGACCCUGCGCCCAGGACUGUGUGCAAUGGGCACUAUCCACCAAGGAGAGACGCUCCCCGAUACUCAGAUGCUGCCUGGUAUCAAACCUGGCCAGGUCCCGGGAGUCGGCAACCAGGGAGCCAGAAAACUCCCACCCCCGAGCAUGCCCAGAAUUGGUCAGCCACAUGGACUAAGGACAGCAAACGUCAGGACAAGCGCUGGGUCAAGUACGAGGGAAUCGGGCCUGUGGACGAGAGUGGCAUGCCCAUCGCCCCCCGAUCUAGUGUUGACAGCCCUAGGGACUGGUACCGGAAAAUGUUCCAGCAGAUUCAUCGUAAAAUGCCAGACCUGCAGCUGGACUGGACUUUUGAGGAAGGACCCAAAGUGGCCUCCUCAGAUCCUGACCUCAGGCAUCAGUCUGCCUCUGCUAACCUCAGGCAUCCGGGACUUCAGCAAAAACCUGCCACCAGGCCAGGUCCAGCCUCCUCUUUGAGUAGAAAAAACUGGGACUCCUCUGAAGAGUUUCCUCAAAGCGUCUUCAAUUCGAAUCCCAGAAUAUCUUCAACUCUGCCCCGGACCUCAAACCAGGGGAGCAGAAGCCGAGAGAAAGCAGAUAGUGUGUGGACAGAGGACUCCUGGAACCAGUUCCUGCAAGAGCUGGAGACUGGGCAGCCCAAGAAACCUCUGGUGGAUGACCCUGUGGAGAAGCCCUCUCAACCCAUUGAGGUCCUGCUGGAGCAGGAGCUGGCCCAGCUGAGCGCCGAGCUGGACAAGGACCUGCGGGCCAUUGAGACCCGGCUGCCGUCCCCCAAGACUCACCCGAGCGCGCGGGCGCUGCGACACCCCGGCGGAACCCGGGAGCACCGGGAGCAUCGGGAGCACCGGGAGCCCCGGCCCUCCGCCCGCCCGUCUUCAGCCUGGAGCUCCAGCACCCCGAAUGCACUUUACCAGGGCCCCUCCCGGUCCCUGAGCCCCCACAGAAUGGCGGACGCAGGGAGCCCCUUCCUGGGCCGGAGGGACUUCGUCUACCCGUCCUCUGCCCGAGAUCCCGCGUCUGACCGAGGGGGCAGCCCGGCCAGAAAGGAGGAGAAGAAGAGGAGGGCCGCCAGGCUCAAGUUUGACUUCCAGGCACAGUCCCCUAAGGAGCUGACUCUGAAGAAGGGCGACAUCGUCUACAUCCACAAGGAGGUGGACAGGAACUGGCUGGAGGGGGAGCACCACGGCCGCCUGGGCAUCUUCCCCGCCAACUACGUGGAGGUGUUGCCUGCUGAUGAGAUCCCCAAGCCUAUCAGGCACCCCACCUACCAGGUGCUUGAAUAUGGAGAAGCUGUGGCCCAGUAUAACUUCAAGGGAGACCUAGACGUGGAGCUGUCCUUCCGCAAGGGCGAGCGCAUCUGCCUAACGCGGAGGGUGAAUGAGAACUGGUACGAGGGUCGAAUCUCGGGCACCAGCCGCCAGGGCAUCUUCCCUGCCAGCUACGUGCAGGUAUCCCGGGAACCCCGGCUCCGGCUGUGUGACGAGGGCCCUCAGCUCCCCGUGUCUUCCUGCCCCACCUCUGCCCGUCUGGCUCGCCACCCUGGCUCUCCCUCGGCACUGCACAGUCCAGCUGACCCUACAGAUUGGGGGGGCCGGACCUCUCCCCGACGCACCGGCUUCUCCUUUCCUCCACAUGGUUUCCGAACCCAAACCCAGGUCCCCCAGAGUCUCAGUACCCUGGCCUCAGCUCUGCCAGAUCCUGGAGGCUCUACCCGGUCCUUGGACCUAGGGGCCUCCCCGCCCAUCACCACUCAAAUACACUGGACCCCGUACCGGGCGAUGUACCAGUACAGGCCCCAGAACGAAGAUGAGCUGGAGCUGCGUGAGGGUGACCGGGUGGACGUCAUGCAGCAGUGCGACGAUGGCUGGUUUGUGGGUGUCUCCCGGAGGACCCAGAAGUUUGGGACGUUCCCUGGAAACUAUGUAGCCCCAGUAUGAGUGUUCUCCGAGGCAACUCUGAGCCCAACCAGGACGUGGUGGGGAGGAAUGAUCCCUCCUUCUACUUCUUCCCCAGGACCCGAGCUGCUGGCGUCUGCAUCUAACCCCAGCAGUGGGACUGAUUCCCACCCACCGCUCACAAGCAUUCCUCCGACAGCCCUUUUAUUCCUCCCCUACCCGGCGCCCCAAAUACAGAGGUCUGCUUUGAAGUGGGAAGAGUUUCCAGGCCUUAUUGAGACCAGACCCCUGAGUCCCCAGCCCCAUCCUAUCCAAGCGUUUCCUCUAAUGAGCCAGUCCCCCAACUACACCCCAUGGGGUUCCACUAACAAGAACCAGCUUCCUAACCUAACAGACCAAAGGCCGCCUCUGCCUUAAGGGCCCUCCUUCUAGUCAAUCUCCUCUUCCUCCUUGCCUGCCUGUUUCCGGCUGGGCCUGGGGGCGUAGUGGGGCACCGUGAACUCAGUGCCUUCUCAGCCUGGAGGACAUGGUAGAAGCCCCGCGUGCAUGAGCCUGAGACUGCUCCACCAGGCCUGAGCUGUUGGCUGUUCUGGAGUGCCCAGGAAGGAUUGGCCUCUCCCAGCUGUUCGCAGGAACCGCCCUCCCAGCUCCCCAGCUGACCCAAAGCCCCCAGAGUGACUCUGGAAGAGAUUAUCAAAUAAAUGCGGACACCAGGGA